AAACAGAGGCUCCUGCAUAGGUAGAAACUGAGAAGUUGAGAAGACGUGAAGCUGAACACACAUAUGCUGAAGUCUUGAUGACAUUACUGUGCACCUUGAAACUUGAUCUGUAUCUCUUGAUCAUCGUAUAAGGAAUAAAAUAGACAGAAUGCAGUACGUUGUCCUCUUCGCCCUGUUUACAGCUGCUGUGUGGGUUGAUGCCCAGCCUCAGUAUUAUUCCUACUCCCCAGCAGUGGGGUCAGGAACUGGCAGCUCUUACAGUCUGACUGGAGAGGGCCGAAUCACAGCGGUCAGAGUGCAUGAGGCCUACAACAGCUUCAUCUAUGGCUUCCAGUUCCGGUACGGCUUCAUCUGGUCCGCUUUCACUGGCAUCAAAUCUGGGGAGGUCCAGGAGUUUGAGCUGGAUGAGGACGAGACCAUCAUCCAGAUUUCUGGGAAGUACGCCCACUAUCUGCAGUCAGUGGUGUUCACCACUAACAAGGGCCGCUCCCUGUAUGCAGGCCAGCCUUCAGGCCACUCCUUCAACAUGUACCCCGAACACAAGGGGGCCGAGCUGCGCUUCAUCAGCGGCCGCUACCAUGGAGGCAUCACCUCCAUUGCAGCCCACUGGGCUGUCGUCGAUACAUCUACUAAUAGCACUAAUGGGCACUGAGUUGGAGAGAAACCUACCAAUUGACAGUAUGAUGUGAUAGUCACACUUUAAAGUUUAACUUUUAAGUAUAUUUAUUUCCAUUCUGCUUGCAGAAUUUUUUGCACACACAUUUGCACUACACUGGAAACUGUAAAAACUGAGGCCUAUGCAAACGAAAUUUCGUUCUGUAUACACUUGCUGCAUACUGAAUGACAAUAAAAGUCUUUACUUCAGUGCAGUGUGGUACAGUGUGCUGGUUGAGAGAUCUUCUGUAAAUCACAAAUUUCAGCUACCACUAAAGUCAUUAUGUCAUUACUUACACUUAUUAAAACAUCAGAUGACCUUAUUCUUGCCUUCUUGAUUUUUCUUUUCAAAACUUUUAAAUUUGUCUUGUAAACAUAAAUCUCAUGUCAGUUUGUCUUGUGUAACUUUGAUUUAAACCUGUUACUUCUACCACAUCCUGCUCUUGUCCUUAUUCCAAGUACUGUAUAUAAGAAGAAAAACAUUAAAUAAAAAUGUAUCUUGUGUUGAUUGAAA